UCACUUGAGAGACAUAUUUAUGGCAGAGUAGUCAAACUAACAGCGAGCAGAAAUUCGUCUGAACUACGUAUAUUCGAUUGUUCGAGGGUUCAAAAUGUCAGCAAAGAAUGAAGAUUAUGAUUCUGAUGUGUUAAGCAGAAACGAUGACUCUGCCUACAUUACACUCGGCAUGCUUGGGGCUGUCCUCUUCUUCCUCUUGUACUUGUAUUGGUGUGCCGGGCAAUGUGCGAAGCAAAACAUCCUACGGAAGCGUAAAGAAGAGGCCUCAGAGAGCCUGCGCACAAAUGCAGAGGAUCCCCCUGUCAGUGAGCCACCCCCACAUAGCAUUCCGAAAACGCAACAAGUUCUUCCGCCAGCAGUUGCUAUGCUCAAAUCGCCUUAAAGAGAUUCCAACCGUGACAAUUGUAGAGAUUCCUAACAGAGUCACUUGUCCCUUCUGCUCCGGUGUCUCGUCGGAUUGCCCGCUUUCAACGAACCCGGCCUACUUGUAUGCUCAUCCGCCACCAGCUUACCAACCCCCGCCAGACUACUCGUCUCUCGUGUUUCAAGAGAUCCCUAAAUUACAACAGACAUUUCCAAGUCCGGACAGUGCACCCAGCUUUGACCAUCCAAAACGAUAUUCACUUGGAUGCAAAUACAGCACUUCUUUCUGAAGUCUCUCUUGAAGAUGAAACGGCCAAAUCAAUGUAACUAUUCAAUGAACUGACUUUAAAUUCGGCAAAGAUCCAAACCAACCAUUCUUGUGAAGAGAUAUUCUAACGGACAGUGCGUUAAAGAAUAACUGAUCAAUGAUACGGAAGCUUUCAUGUAACUUUGUAUUUAGAGAGUAAAUAUAGAACGUGGUUGUGUACGUAACAAUUUGUUUAUAAAUUUAAUAACAUCAA